AUGUACGACAAUGAUGAGUGUAUAGAGAUAUCAACGAAAAUCAACAAUUUAAAUUCAAAAUUAAUUUUAAAUUUAAAUAAUUACUUAUUUAUAUUCAACUUUAAUUUUAAAAUCCUUAACUUUUAUACUUUACCCUUUAGACCAAAAUCUAUUGGUUGUUAUGACGAUCUCGUUUUUAUAGAGGGAGAUGAUUGUUUGGAUAUUAUAAAACUAGAUGGUCGCAUUCAUUUAGUACACUCUAUCAACUUGAAUGGCAUCAUUAGCUACACUCAUCAUAGACAUCUCACCGUCGUACUCACAAAAUAUAAAUUGCUACUAUACAAACACUACCGAUUGUCACAAUCUGUUGAUCUACACUCAGAUCCUCAACUCGCGUCUAUAUCCCCAAAUCUAGACCUGCUGGCGCUCUCAUAUAAAGAUAGCUCUACUGUUCAUUUGUACUCUAUCACAGACACGCCCGCCCAGCUGCAACUGCUCCCUCACUUAUCUCUAAUAAGAUCCAUUCAGUGGAGAGAUAACAAUUUACUUAUCAUCGAAACUGUCGAUAAUGAUCUAUAUGCCUAUCAUCGAUCAUCACCAAGUAAAUUCGAACCAUGGACUAUCUAUGUAUCGCCUUCUCUCCUUAGAAGCUUCUGGCUCGGUCCAUCCACGACUGAUCUACUACUGCGAAGAGCUUUAUCGGAUUCUAAUUAUUUAUUACAUCAAUCAAACCCUUUAUCUUCACUCAUAGCAGAAAGAAGAUACGAAAGAGUUUCACAAAUAUCUCAAUACUCUAGGGAUCUGAUUUUAAACAUCAGCUCUGAUGGUUACAAUUUGACUAUAAACGCUAUUCAUGAUACAACUCAUGAAUCAUCAAAUUACAUUAGAAGCCAGCCAGUCGUACAUAUAAAACUACCGGACUCGAUACCGAAUGAUAUCAUCGAUAUAGAAAUCAGCUGUCAGGAUCAUAACUAUUCGCCUAUUUAUCUUCUAGCAUUGAGGGAUAACAACAAAGGUAUCCUCGUUGGUAUCCUCAACCCUGCGUCUAUAUUUGAUCCAAUACCAGACACAAAGGCUCAUCCACCUAUCGAAUGGCUUAGAAAUAUUCAUCAUACCCAACAUUUCGAUAGUAUUACCAAAAUCAAUACUGAUAGUUUCGGUCAUUCUUUGAGUACCUACUCUCAUAAUGAGAAGAGACUCAUAAACUGGAAUAUACUCGACAGCCCGUCGAAUGCGUUGCAUAAGUUAAGAAUGAUUGAAAGUGGCUCUAACUUUAACAGCUUGGAUGAGGUUCUAGACUUUAUUUGUGUCAAUGAUGUCACAGUGAUAGCUUUCAAAAAUGACAUGAAAGUGUUUAGGAAUAAUGACUUGAUAACUAAUAUGCCUUCGAAACUUUCAUCUAGUGUCACAUUUACGAAUACUAGCCAUCAUAUUUACGUGAUAGAGUAUAACAAUUCAGAGGUGUCAGUUCGUUGGUUAUCUCUUAAGAAUUGUGUAGUAGAGUAUGAACAAAGUUCGCCAGUUGAUCUCAAACAAUUAUCAGUAUCAUCAGCUAAGUUCGUCAACAAGCAUUUUGUACCAUCGUAUAAAUCUCGCUCACGGGAUCAGAUCAAAGUGAAGUUUUCGAGCCCUAUCGUAACAAUCCUCGAUAGGAAUAACAUGAUCAGAUUCUUGAGAUUAUCAAGAAAUGAACUUAAGUCUCUCCCAAUAACUACUGCAAUUGAUUGUCCAGAAAACAUCGUAAAUAUACAAUCGUGCUUCAAAACUCACCAUACAGCUAUUGUAUCAUCUGAUGCGAAAGGAUCUUACCUUAGAGUAUACAAACCAACUUCGAAUAAGUAUGGUAGUGAUCUCGAGUUUGAAUACAGAAGCUGCGGGGAAAUACGAGAUGUCGAGUUUUUGUUUUUAGACGACUUUGAGGAAGGACUGUGUUUAUUAUUCAAUGAGCGUUCUAGUGCUAAGGUAUUCAUAUCGACACACGAUGAGCAAAAGCGAUGGAUUGAGCUUACGACACUUACUUUACCUGAUUAUGAAUCUGGGAGAACAAUUGAUCACGUGACCUUCCUGCAGAAUGCCUCAAUUGGUCUCUUAUGUGGCAGUAACCUUCAUAUUCAAUCUAUACUGCAUCUUAUGUCAGUCGACAUUAAGCCGUAUGCUCGGGAUGCCCCAUUAUGUCAGUCAUCGCUCUAUGAAUUAACAGCGGAGCUUGCUGGACCAGUUCAAGAGUGGCAUAAUAUCUUCCUCAUAAACUGCUUGCGUUUGAAUGAAUAUGGUGUUCUCAAAAGGAUCUUCAAAUACCUUCAACGUGCGGUUAAGACUCAAAAUACCGGUGAUCUGCAUGCUAAAUUUGUCCAAGAGGUGGACGAUAAGGAUGAUGAUAGUGAUGAGAAAUGGCCACAAGUUGAUGAUGAAUUCCUUCAGUCAAUUGCAACACUCAAAGGUGUAGUAGGUAAUGAAGGCCUUUACAAUGAGCUCAAAUGUACAAUUGAGGCUAUAAAUUAUGCAUAUAACGUCGCAAAAAAUGCUGACGAGAAUACUUGGAGGUUCCUCGUUUUCUCAAAGCUUGGUAUCUUAGCAGAUAACAGCGUUAUAUUUGGUCAUUUGUCACAUAACCAUCAAUUGCUUAUCGAGCAACUCGAAGAAACCAAGUCGGUAGAUGAAAUAAGAUCUACGUAUCCCUCACUUUGGAUUGGCGAUAGUGAUUUAUAUCAACAGCUAAUGGAUCGCCUCGCAAAGAAAAUGGCGGUCAAUCAUGAGGAUGAAAUUGAUCCAACACUUUAUGGAUCUUCACUGAUUUACUUUGCACUUGGAAAAAAGAACAGUGUUAGUACACUCUGGAAAUUCGCCUAUGGUCAUCGAGAACGUGACAACAUUCUCAAGUUCCUCCUAAAAGAUUUCGAUAACGACAAUAACGCCAAAGUGGCAGCAACCAAAAAUGCCUUCGCAUUGCUUUCCAAGCGCCGAUAUGGCUUACAGGCUUUAGAUUAUGCGGCUGCGUUUUUCGUUCUCGCUGGUAAGACUAAGGAUGCAAUUCAAGUAUGCUUGAAACAAUGUCAGGAUUUUGAGAUGGCCUUAUGUAUUGCUCGCUUAAGAGGUGAUUGGGAGCUUUAUACAGACGUCACGAAAGAGCUCGCUAAGUACGCCGUCAAAUCUCGUAACAGAGCUUUGGCAUCAGUGACUAUAUCCAAACUAGGACAACAUCAUCUUGCUUCCAGGUGUCUGGUUGAGAGCUUUUCGACACUUUUGAGUGAUCUAGUCGAAGAACUUGGUGAAAUCAAAGAAAAUGAUUUGGCCAACAAGUACGACUUCGAUAUAUCUCUAGUUAGUGUCUAUCUUGCUCAGCCUGGCGUACUAAGGGUAGUGGACGAACGUGAGUUAGCCCUCUACACAGCCAAACAACUCAGGAAGAAUGGUACUCACGCCCUUGCCUUACGUUUACUAGCUAGGUGGAAAUUCCCUAAAAGUAGUAAAGAAGUACCUAAACCAUACUUUGCUGCAAUGUUGGCGCCAGAUCCUAUCAGUCGAGCUAGCAGCACCCCAAAGACAAAUGUGAUCGCUUCCACGCCUAAACAAUCGUCUCAGCAUGUCGAUCAAUUCGACAUGUCAGCAUUCAAUUUCUAGUAUAG